AUGAGUGCUGUAGAACGAGCUGUUCCUCGAGUUGAUGUUCUUCUUCCUAGCAAAAUGGUUGAGGACGUUUCGAUCAAUUUAUCGAGCGACAAGGAUGAAAUUGCUGGAUGCUUCAACAGAAGAUUGUCCCGUGUCUCAAGGUUGCGCGACAUGUUCCAGACUGGUAUUAUUCGUCCAGUCGAGGAGAUCGACAGUUCCUUUGACCAGAUCGAGCCUUCUGGUGAGUGUCCACAUGAUACUCACAACCACUUCCUAAGAACAUUUCCUGGUUCCCCACCUCUGUCGGCCCUACGAAAUCAUCGCGCACGUGCUGCACAACAACCGGAGUCGUUGGAACACCGUCAAGAUAAUUCUACGCCUUCUCACAGCACCGCCAAAAGUUCUUCCUGUACUUCACCCGGUGUACCCAACAGAUCUGUUCCUACGUCUUUCUCCACUGUUACUCCACCGGCUCGACCCCCAAAACCACGCAAUCUAACUUUGGAUUCGAGCCUUCCUUCGAAACCGCCGCCAACUUUACCCAAGGCGUAUAUCCCCUCGGAGCCGAAGAAUUCCGUAGCCGCGAGCGAUCGCUGUGCAAACACCCAGGCGAACUCAGUGUCUAGCGGAUCAUCUAACAUAUUCUCCGCCCACUUAAAUGAUACAACUGACCUCGCGAAACAAAUUUCGUUCGACCGCUCAAUCGACACCACCGUUUCUUCAGUUUCUGUCUCCGCAUCUGAAGUUGCCACUCUGGAUGCUACAGUGGCUUCUUCUCAGGUUCUCACUAUCAACACAUCAGACACUCCUCUCCUUACAUCUAACCAUCUGGCCUCACCGGCUUCAUCUGUUGCUUCAAAUGGUGAGUUUUCUCAUUUACCGUUUCCUCAAGGUGGUUUUUUACCGGUCCAUCUGGAAUUUCGUCUACACUCUUAUUAA